CGUGUUUUCACAAAAUGAAUGUAAGCUCCACCCUGUUUCAACCUUACAUAAAAACCAGAGGCGCAGUUGGAGGGACAUUGUGGAGCAAGAUCAGCCUCCUCUCCAGACACUUGUCCAACUUGAACUUGACCACAGAAAUUUCACUUCAGCUUAAGCACUUUUGGGGAAAAGACUCAUAAAGGUAGGUUGGAAUAGGCUAUAGGCUUUGGAGUGUAUUACUAAAAUAAAAUCUCAAAUGUGUGGCCUUUUUUUUAACACUUUUUUUGGGGGAGAAUAAGACUUUUGUUCAAAAUACAAUACAUGUCAUCAACUACUUUGGGUAUUUUCACAGUAAAAUGUAUUUUCAUAUCGGUGAAUGUUUCAUUUUUCAUUUUUCAAAUUUGAAUAUCCCCCCUUUUUUACUUCCGUUUGUCUUUGUGGGCAGCUGGUUAAACUUGUUCAUCAACCAGAUGCGUCCUGGAAACGACACUUUCUUUGUGGAUGCGGAGGACGUGCCGAGAGAUGAGGUUCUGGCCCGGGUGGAGAUCGCGCUGCUCAGCAUUAUCUUUGUCAGUGCAUCCAUCCUCAACGGCGGACUGCUGCUUGUCCUGUGGAAACAGCGCAAACAGAUGACCAGGAUGCGCGUCUUCGUCUUCCAUUUGUGCCUGGCGGACCUGGUAGUCGCUUUCUUUCAGGUGUGCCCGCAGCUCAUGUGGGACAUCACGGACAGAUUUGUUGGACCGGACCUGGUCUGCCGCCUGGUGAAGUACCUGCAAGUACUGGGGAUGUUUUCAUCGACUUACAUGAUUGUGGUGAUGACAGUGGACAGGUAUCAGGCUGUCUGCAACCCUAUGGUGAAGUUUCAGCGGACGCGCACGAGACUGAACAUCCCCGUGAGCAUCGCGUGGGGGGUUUCACUGCUGGGCAGUCUGCCUCAGCUUUUUAUCUUCUCACGGGUUGAGGUUGCGCCAGGUGUAUAUGACUGCUGGGCUAAAUUUAUCCAGCCAUGGGGGCUGCAGACUUACAUAACCUGGACCACAGUGGUCAUUUUUAUUUUACCUGUUAUUACAGUCAUGGUUUGUCAGGUGCGCAUCUGCCGCGCCAUCCACAUCAACCUGUACCACAAGAUUCAACAGCAGGGCAGCGUUAGCCUCCCACUCCCACCCAGAGCCAGUGGUGUGGCCGGCAUGUCCAAGGCGAGAGUGAAGACGCUGAAGAUGACGGUGGUUAUCGUGCUGGCUUACAUCGUCUGCUGGGCUCCUUUCUUCACUGUCCAGCUCUGGUCUGCCUGGGAUUCAGAUGCGCCAAAAGAAAGUGAGUUCAGUCGGACAGCUGACGAGGCUGUAAUGUUUACAAUCUUAUCAUCUACAGAGUAUAGGCUAUAUUAAGCAAAUAUUUUACAUUGAUAACCAGUAAUUAAAAAUGACAGAGGUGGCCGAUGUAUGCGAUUUACGCACAACUCUUACGCACAAGGCUCCUUUAUACAUUGGCAGGUACAGAGGACGUUUCUUUGCGGACUCAUAACAUUUUCAUUGUCUUUUUUCAUUCUAGCCGCGACUUUCACCAUCUUGAUGCUGCUGGCCAGUCUGAACAGCUGCGCAAAUCCCUGUAUUUACCUACUAUUCAGUGGGCACUUUCCCCAGAGUCUGCUCACACUUUUGUGCCAGAAGCAUGCCAAAGAUUCAAUACAUGAGGAAGCAACGUUGGUCAGCACGCUGUACAUGAGCUUCAGAAACGUCUCUGAGGCCAAGUGACGCCAACGCCUGAUAAGAUGUGGGGAAAAAAAGAAGACUGGAGAGACACACGUCUGCCCAGUCUGUGCGCCUGCUGAACUCUGCGGCUGAGACUUCUUCUGAACCAGAUGAGCUGUUUUUCAGAGGAUGUACGACGGCGACACGACACGUCUCGGCUUCUCACUAAAAGAAAGUAUGUGACUGUGAGAGAGGAAAGCUCUCCAGAUGUGGGUAAAUGACGGAUGGGCAUUUGUGUGUGUGUGUGUGUGUGUGUGUGUGUGUGUGUGUGUGUGUGUGUGUGUGUGUGUGUGUGUGUGUGUGUGUGUGUGUGUGUGUGUUUUAAAGAAAGAAGAAAAACCGUCGAUGAUAAACUUGAAUGUUGUUUUGUGUAUGGAGACACUGCUAUGUUUUUCCCAAUUAAUCAAAAGAUUUUGAGUUGUAAAAAGAGACUGUAAUGGUUCAAAUGUACGAGUGUGCGAGAUGGGCAGCAUAUAAAGGCACCAGCCAGCUGAAAGCUGUUGAGACAUGAAUGCAUUGUAGUAUAAAUUUUGACUUCUGUGAAUGUUUUCUGUUGUGAUUUCUGUGUUUAAGUCACACACUGAAACUAAAUUCUGUUCAGUCAAAUAUAUGAAAAAAAGUUUGGAAUAAAGUCAUAUUGUCACUGAU